AUGUUUCUGAAUAAGGAAUGCUACGACUUAGUACGCAAGAUAAAACCGGAGGUUGACCUACAUCUUGAAGAUGCGGCGUAUUCAGCCUUCAGGAAACAGCGUAAACUCGCAAAAAAUCACGAUGGUGUGAAGUUACACAUAUAUUGGAGCAAUCCUGAAGCAAGUCCGACAUUUGUAACUGAUUAUCCACUGAUAUUUGUUAAAGACAAUGAAGAGGGAUGCCGUGUGCAAAGACUAAUGUCUAAAAAAGGAAAGUUACGCAAGCGACCAGGCAUUUACAGCUCAAACACCAUUACUGCAGCAACAAAAGCUAUGUUCUGGCUUUCCAAAGUUUUGAAUAUUCAAGCAACGACCAUUUCAGUGCCUUCACCAAAUGCGGACUUGCAGGCUGUUCUAGCCGAGCAAUCGUCGUGGCAGAAAAUAGUUAAGGAAGAUUUUAACAUGUUUACUGACAACGACCUUGAUCGCCUCGACUUGAAUGAUGAAACAACGGAACUCUUUCGUAGUUUUGAAUUAUUAGACCAUAAAAUUGUUCAAUGCUCUCGAAAGAUUUCAAUUCACCACUGGAAACUAGCGAUAACGGAUAACCAGCUUGUUCGCCUUGCAGCAGAAGAGAUUUCCAUAAGCGCACCUGACAUUACUUCUGGAGCUAUCAAUAAGCUCAUAUUGGAAUGGCUGGAAGGAAAACGCAAGAUCCGUUCCAUACAGCUGCACGAGUUGCAAACUUUAGACUCAGAAAUCAUUUUGCAACAUGUUGAUCCUAAGGCGAUUAUGCUUUGGAAGGACUAUGUGAAACUAUGCAUAAAUAACCGACAAAGUGGUACAGGAUGGAGUGCGGUUACCGAAGGUUUCUGCAGACAACGAAAUCUAAUAUGUGCAAAGAGACAUCCUACCACUGGACCUGGAAUUUUGAAGACGCGCCCGCUUCAGUUAUCAGAGGAGCCCAAGGCUUCCUCGCGGUACGAAUAGAUACAGAUACGAACAAUUGCCUUCUAGCUGAUGGCUAUUCGAUCUCAUGAAACAGAUGUGAUCACCUUUCUGACUGUUUUAUAUAUAAUUCUAUUGCAGAGCACCUCUCACAUCUUAUAGAAUGCUAUAGAUAUGCUGUGCCUUCAGAUGAAGUUAAAAGAGCGUUUGCUUCUCAGUUUUUUACGCCUGUUCUUUGUCUCAGUU